GCCUCCCCUCCCCCGGGCGCCUCCCCUCCGCCGGGCUCUCUUCCUCGGGGGCCCAGCAUCCUCAGCUCAGUUAGCCUUGUUCUGGGAAGCCCGAAGGGCGGUGGCUGGGAGCUGCCGCGAUCCGAAGCGGGACGGGCCGCUCAGAGUCUCGUGAGUCUCCGCAGCCAGAACAACGAGGCGCGAGCUGGACCCUUGGAACCUCUACGUAUCAAGUCAGCAGCAGAUUCAGGCCUCGCUCAUUCAUUCAGCGAUCCCGGUUUCUUAGCAGGAAUUGAGAGCGAGUUUAUACCGGAAAAGGAAAACCAUUUAAAGUGCAUCGGACAGUUUCGUCUGAGCUUCCACAUAAAUGCUACGUUAGAAAAGCACGACCCCGCUCUCCUGCUGCUCGUGGCUUCUGUGAGCGGGUGGAGAGAUGCUUCAUCAAGGCAGAGAAGAACCUUAGCCUUAGUCCCCAAAGAUGAUAACCUGGGUCGGCGCUGUAUGGCAAGUGCGAACAUGGAUACUUACUUUCUACGUGGAGUUUUGGUCUCAACUCAACAAAAAAAUGUUCUUCCAGGAAGUUCUGGAACUAAUUGUUUCCUGCCCAUUGGAAGCAGAUUUCUAGAAACAGAUAACCUGGUUGCAGUAUCUGAAAUGGGCAAUUUGACUGGGUUAAGCGUUGCCUUUUUAGGUUGUCUGAAUGAGAUUCCAAAAUGGAAAUUCAGAAAACUAAAAACGGAGAAAAAUUCGAGUUUUCUCAAGAAAGAGAAUGGGAUUAAAUCAGUAAAACCAAAGAAAAGAAGGCGUAAUACAGUCCAUUUGCUUCGCACAGCAUUUAAAACCUCAAAUUUUGCUUUUAGUCUAAAGUAUGAACGCAAUAAAGUCAGAGGCAACUAUGUUUCUAAAGUCUCUGGAACUUGCCACAUUAUAACUACUGAGAACAUGCAUAAUGAUUUCAAGAAAUAUAAUAAUUCCUUGCAUGUUAUUCCUAAAGACACAUUUUUUUCUGUUUUUGAUGCUUAUGACAAAGUUCCUCUCCUCAGUGAUUUAGAUGACUCUGGCAGUAUCUCUGUGUCCAAGAGAUAUUACAAUAACAAUAAAAGUUCUGAAAAAGCCAUCAACCUGGAAGCCCUUGAUCCUCUUGCUAUCGGGCGUAUUCCUCAGUUUAUACAAUAUAGCCAAAUAAAUACAACUAAACAUUUCCACAAAACAAACACAUAUGCCCAAAGGAUAGUGAUUGAAAAGAAACAAAUAUUUAAUUUCAGUGGUUUUAAUUUUAAAGGCAAAUUUAAUUGUUUCUUGGAUAUUGAGCAACAGGUGAAAUUGGUAAACUAUGACGCCAUUUUCGUUGGACCAGAUACCAUGAUUAAAACUCAGGAAGAAUUUGUUGAGAAUUCCUUAAAUGAAGGAAAAGGAAAAACGCAGGAUUUGAUUUGGAGUGAGAGAAAGCAUCCAACAGAAAAUUUAACAGGGAUACAUAAUUACCAAAUUGCUAAUGGGAAUAAAACAGAGAGAGAACAGAAAUGCAGCAUUAUUAUCAGUACCAUGGCUGACAUUCUAAAUCCAAACCUAUUGAUGAAAAAGAAACCAAAUUUAGAAGAUGCUAGAGAGAUAGACCAAAUACUUGAUAAUCAAGACACAACAGAUAGAAAUGAGCAUCAGACUAUUUUGCAAGAAAGUGCUUUAGCAAACUCAAAACGUUUUCAUCCAAACAUUGAAUCCACAGAAUUUGUUAACCAUAAAUUUAAAACUGAUUUAGCCACAAGAAAUAAUGAGCAUUCUCCAGUCUUACUAGCUGAAUGUCUGUCAACAGAAACUAGGAUAAGUGAUUUUGAAAUGAAGAGGGAAUUUGAUAUGGUACUGAAAGAACUGCUCAUGUUUCAUGAAAUUGGUAAGGAAGAGGACACUUCAUGCAUUGCAGAAACAAGAAGCAAUGAAGAGAAAAAUGACUUUGACAAAGAUAAUUCUAUGGAGAUUGAAGAAGACCUGACAGUUGUCUCAGAAAAAAUAUGUGCACUUCCCUUACCUUGUGAUACAAUCACAAGUGUGCCAAAUGUGCCAAAGACAGUCCAAAGUUCAUUUAAGUGGAAAAAAAUACAUACAGAUGGAGUAAAGGAAGAACCUCAUGAAUAUUGUUCUUCGAGUCCAUCAGAUGAUGAAGUGCUCUCACCUUCUGGAAAAGAUUUUGAAAAAGCUUUGUCUCAGAGUCCUGCUUUAUUCUCUGACACAUUUGUGGAAGAACGAAUUUACAACUUAUCCAAAGGAGGUAGCAGUCUGUCCCAUGGAAUUGUAAGAGUCCAUCCUCUCAAGACAUGCCGUGGUCCAAUCAGGAUUGGUUUGUCAAGAAAGGCAAAGCCCAAACAGCUUCAUCCCUAUCUGAAAUGAAGGUGUCUCAAGAUGAUAAAAGAAAAUAUCAUAGUUCUGUAUCUCAGAAGGCUUUGAAAUAUCCAUAAUAUUUAUUCGCUUCUUAUGUGUAACAUAUUUUACUUGUUUAUAAUUUUAGAGUUUUGAUAUAUAUUCUAAGUUACAAAGUAUUUUUAUUAAGGUUAAUAUUAUCCUUAAACUUUCAAAAUUUAUAAAAUGCUAAGUUCUA